AUGCACCAGAGAACACACACAGGAGAGAAACCUUACGACUGCUCUGAAUGCGGAAAGACUUUUGUUAGUUUAAGAGAUUUAAAAUCACACCAGAGAACACACACAGGAGAGAAAUCACCAUAUAGGUGUUCUCAAUGUGGGAAGAGUUUUACUCAGUCAAGCUCCCUGAUAAUACACCAGAGAACACACACAGGCGAGAAACCUUAUAGCUGUACUCAAUGUGGGAAGAGUUUUACUCGGUCAAGCUCCCUGAUAGUGCACCAGAGAACACACACAGGAGAGAAACCUUACGACUGCUCUGACUGCGGAAAGACUUUUGUUAUUUUAAAAGAUUUAAAAUCACACCAGAGAACACACACAGGAGAGAAAUCACCAUAUAGCUGUACUCAAUGUGGGAAGAGUUUUAAUCAUUCAAGCUCCCUGAUAGUGCACCAGAGAACACACACAGGAGAGAAACCUUAUAGCUGUGAUCAAUGUGGGAAGAGUUUUGGUACAUCUGUGUAUCUGACGAUACACCAGAGAACACACACAGGAGAGAAACCUUAUGGCUGUAAUCAAUGUGGGAAGAGUUUUACUCAGUCAAGCGGCCUGGUAGUACACCAGAGAACGCACACAGGAGAGAAACCAUAUAGCUGUACUCAAUGUGGGAAGAGUUUUACUCAGUCAAGCAGCCUGGUAGUACACCAGAGAACACACACAGGAGAGAAACCUUAUCACUGCUCUGACUGCAGAAAGAAUUUUGUUAUGUUAAGAGAUUUAAAAUCACACCAGAGAACACACACAGGAGAGAAACCUCACUGCUGCUCUGACUGUGGGAAACGUUGCAAGUUUUCAUCAGAACUUAAAAUACACCAGCGAGUACACACAGGAGCGAAACCUUAUAGCUGUGAUCAAUGUGGGAAGAGUUUUACUCGGUCAAGCUACCUGAUAGUACAUCUGAGAAGACACACAGGAGAGAAACCUUACGACUGCUCUGACUGCGGAAAGACUUUUGUUAAUUUAAUAGAUUUAAAAUCACACCAGAGAACACACACAGGAGAGAAAUCACCAUAUAGUUGUACUCAAUGUGGGAAGAGUUUUACUCGGUCAAGCUCCCUGAUAGUGCACCAGAGAACACACACAGGAGAGAAAUCUUAUAGCUGUACUCAAUGUGGGAGGAGUUUUACUCGGUCAAGCUCCCUGAUAUUGCACCAGAGAACACACACAGGAGAGAAACCUUACAACUGCUCUGACUGCGGAAAGACUUUUGUUAGUUUAAGAGAUUUAAAAUCACACCAGAGAACACACACAGGAGAGAAAUCACCAUAUAGUUGUACUCAAUGUGGGAAGAGUUUUACUCGGUCAAGCUCCCUGAUAGUGCACCAGAGAACACACACAGGAGAGAAACUUUAUUGCUGUGAUCAAUGUGGGAAGAGUUUUACUCAGUCAAGCUCCCUGAUAGUGCACCAGAGAACACACACAGGAGAAAAACCUUAUAGCUGUACUCAAUGUGGGAAGAGUUUUGUUGCAUCUUGCGAUCUGACGAUACACCAGAGAACACACACAGGAGAGAAAUCUUAUAGCUGUGAUCAAUGUGGGAAGAGGUUUCCUCUGCCAAGCUCCCUGAUAGUUCACCAGAGAACACACACAGGAGAAAAACCUUAUAGCUGUACUCAAUGUGGGAAGAGUUUUGUUGCAUCUUGCUAUCUGACGAUACACAAGAGAACACACACAGGAGAGAAACUUUAUAGCUGUGAUCAAUGUGGGAAGAGUUUUCCUCAGUCAAGCUCCCUGAUAGCGCACCAGAGAACACACACAGGAGAGAAACCUUAUAGCUGUGAUCAAUGUGAGAAGAGUUUUACUCAGUCAAGCUCCCUGAUAGUGCACCAGAGAACACACACAGGAGAGAAACCUUACAGCUGUACUCAAUGUGGGAAGAGUUUUGUUAGAUCUAGCCAUCUGACGAGACACCAGAGAACACACACAGGAGAGAAACUAUAUAGCAGGAGAUAAAUAAUAAAGCUGUGAUCAUGUGACAAGAGAUACUUUGAUAAAAGAUCU